AUGGUCGUUUACUCCUUCUACAUUUUCGACAGGCACGCCGAAUGCAUCUAUAACAAGCGUUGGCUUCCUCCUGCAAACCCUACCGCUGGAAGGGGUUCAAGGCCCUCUUCGCAGGCCAUCGUCAAUGGAGGUCCACAGGCACGAUCAAUACUGAGCGCCGAAGACGAUGCAAAGCUCAUCUUCGGGACUGUCUUUUCCUUGCGGAACAUGGUUCGAAAGUUGGGUGGAGAGGACGAUAGUUUCCUCUCCUACCGCACCUCACAGUACAAGCUGCACUACUACGAAACACCAACGAACACAAAAUUCGUCAUGCUCACAGACAUCAAGUCUGGCUCAAUGCGAAUUGCGCUUCAGCAAAUUUAUGUCAAUUGCUAUGUGGAAUAUGUGGUCAAGAAUCCUCUCUCCCCAGUCGAGCAUCCUGGUGGUAUUGGAGUGAACAAUGAGCUCUUCGAAGCGAGCCUGGAACAAUUCGUGGACCGCGUUCUCAACACCGCCUGA